AUGGCGGCCUCCAUGGGUCGCUGGCUUCUCUUCCUCGCGCUGCUCGGCUCCCUCCCGGAGGCGUCCGGUGGCUUCGGCUCGGGGGUCUCUCGCGACGACGACUUGCUGCUGCCCUACCCCCGCACGCGAGUGCGCUCCGCCCGGGACUGCACGCCAGUGCACACCGGCCGCCGCGAGCACGAGAGCUGGCCGCCCGCCCCCGCGCCCCCCGGCGCUGUCAGCCCAUCCGUGCGCAACUUCUUCUCGUACUUCGCGGGGCGCGCCGUGGGCGGCCACCUGACCCGGGCCGCCGCUCCCCUGCGCACCUUCUCCGUGCUAGAGCCCGGUGGGCCUGGCGGCUGCGCGUCUAGACACCGCGCCACCGUGGAGGAGACCGCGCGGACGGUGCGCUGCCGUGUUGCCCAGAACGGCGGCUUCUUCCGCAUGGAUACUGGCGAGUGCCUGGGAAACGUGGUGAGCGACGGGCGGCGGGUGAGCAGCUCCAGGGGGCUGCAGAACGCGCAGUUCGGAAUCCGCCGCGACGGGACCCUGGUCACAGGGUACCUGUCUGAGGAGGAGGUGCUGGACACUGAGAAUCCAUUUGUGCAGCUGCUGAGUGGGGUGGUGUGGCUGAUUCGCAAUGGAAGCGUCUAUAUCAACGAGAGCCUGGCCACCGAGUGUGAUGAGACGCAGGAGACAGGUUCCUUCAGCAAAUUUGUGAACGUGUUAUCAGCCAGGACGGCCGUGGGCCACGACCAGAAGGGACAGGUGGUGCUCUUCCACGCGGACGGGCAGACGGAGCAGCGGGGAGUCAACCUGUGGGAGAUGGCGGAGUUCCUGCUGCAGCAGGGCGUCGUCAACGCCAUCAACCUGGAUGGAGGCGGCUCUGCCACGUUUGUGCUCAACGGGACUUUGGCCAGUUACCCAUCCGAUCACUGCAAGGAGAGCAUGUGGCGCUGUCCCCGCCGCGUGUCCACCGUGGUGUGUCUGCACGAGCCACGCUGCCAGCCACCUGACUGCAGCAGCCACGGCACCUGCGUACAGGGGAGCUGCCAGUGCAUGGGGCGCUUCUGGCGGGGAGCGGCCUGCAACGAGCUGGACUGCGGCCCCUCCAACUGCAGCGGGCAUGGGCUCUGCACUGAGACCGGCUGCCGCUGCAAAGCUGGAUGGACCGGGUCCAACUGCAGUGAAGAGUGUCCCCAUGGCUGGUACGGGCCUGGCUGCCAGAGUCCCUGCAAGUGUGAGCACCAGUGUCCCUGCAACCCCCGCACUGGCAACUGCAGCCUUAGCUGGACGCCUGCCAUGACCAGCCUCACCUCUCAAGUGAAUCGGUGUUUUCCAUCACCCGAAGCCACCCUGAGGGCAAGAGAACUCUCGUAUUUCACGGGGACCACCUGGCUGGUCCUCACGCUGACCCUGGUGUUCCUGCUGCUGCUGAGCAUGGCAGUGAACGUGACCUUACUCCGAGGCUCAAGGACGGAGCGGAACCGGCACCUGGACGGCGGUUACGUCUACCACCCUCUGCGGGAGGUGAACGGGGCUCCAGCAGCGGAGAAGGAGCAGCUGGGAGACACUCACGGCCCUUUCAAGGACUGA